CCUCAGGUCAGGCGGGGCUACCCGCUGAGUUUAAGCAUAUCAAUAAGUGGAGGAAAAGAAACUAACAAGGAUUCCCUUAGUAACAACGGCGAGCGAACCGGGAAGAGCCCACCAUGAGAAUCGGUCGCCUAAGGCGUCUGAAUUGUAGUCUGGAGAAGCGUCCUCAGUGGCGGACCGGGCCCAAGUCCCCUGGAAGGGGGCGCCAGAGAGGGUGAGAGCCCCGUUGUGCCCGGACCCUGUCGCACCACGAGGCGUUGUCGGCGAGUCGGGUUGUUUGGGAAUGCAGCCCUAAUCGGGCGGUAAAUUCCGUCCAAGGCUAAAUAUUGGCGAGAGACCGAUAGCGAACAAGUAUCGCGAGGGAAAGAUGAAAAGGACUUUGAAAAGAGAGUAAAAGAGUGCUUGAAAUUGUCGGGAGGGAAGCGGAUGGGGGCCGGCGAUGUGUCUCGGUCGGAUGUGGAACGGUGCAAGCCGGUCCGCCAAUCAACUCGGGACAUUGACCGAUGUGGAUUGUGGUGGUGGCCUAUGCCCAGGCUGUUGAUAUGCUUGUGGAGACGUCAUCACCAUGAUUGUGGAUGGCAGCACGCGCCGUCUCGGCGUGCUUCGGCACCUGCGUGCUCCUGGCGUCGGCCUGUGGGCUCCCUGUC